UCUGUGAUUGGAGGAAGAAUCUGACGCAAACGUGCCGUUUCCUUGACCACGGUUGAGAAGAGGUUGCGUCACAAUUUCUUUGCAUUUUUCUAGCCGCCUGACCAACGGUGACCCUGGUUAUCAUUUGACAGCUAGGUAGAGCAACGUAGAACCGAAGUCAUGUGGGCUCCGAUGCUGGGACUGACAGCACUGCCUCACCUGGGGGGCAUCUGCGGUGCUUUUAUUACCCGUAAAGAGGUGAAGACCUGGUACCCCACUCUGAAAAAGCCCUCCUGGAGACCCCCAAACGGAGCGUUCGGCGUGGUGUGGACGGGACUGUACACAGGCAUGGGGUAUGCGUCGUACCUGGUGUGGAAGGAGCUGGGGGGGUUCAAGCAGGAAGAGGCCCUCGUUCCUUUGGGCCUGUACGGCCUGCAGUUGGCCCUAAACUGGGCCUGGACACCCAUCUUUUUUGGGGCACACAAAAUAACAGCAGGUCUGGUUGACAUUGUCCUUCUUACUGGGACUGUGGGGGCCACCAUGGUGUCCUGGUACCCCAUAAGCCGGCCAGCCACCCUGCUCAUGACCCCUUACCUGCUGUGGCUCUGCCUGGCCACCUGUCUGAACUACUGCAUCUGGAGAGACAACCCGGAUCCCGAGCCCAAGAGAGAGUAGACCUCAACCCAAAACCCGACCCUGAGCCUGAGAGAGAGUAGACCCCAGCCCUGAACACUAGAGAGAGUAGACCCCAACCCUAAACCCGACCCUGAGCCUGAGAGAGAGUAGACCCCAGCCCUGAACACUAGAGAGAGUAGACCCCAACCCUAAACCCGACCCUGAGCCUGAGAGAGAGUAGACCCCAGCCCUGAACACUAGAGAGAGUAGACCCCAACCCUAAACCUGACCCUAAGCCAAAGAGAGAAUAGACCCCAGCCCUGAACACUAGAGAGAGUAUACUCCAAACCUGAACCUGAGCCUAAGACAGAAUAGAUCCCAGCCCCGAGCCGGAGAGAGUAGACCUCAACCCAAAACCGGACCCUGAGCCUGAGAGAGAGUAGACCCCAGCCCUGAACACUAGAGAGAGUAGACCCCAAACCCGAACCUGAGCCUAAGAGAGAGUAAACCCCAAGCCAAAACUCGACCCUGAGCCUGAGAGAGAGUAGAUCCCAGCCCUGAACGCUAGAGAGAGUAUACUCCAAACCCAAACCUGAGCCUAAGAGAGAAUAGACCCCAGCCCUGAACACUAGAGAGAGUAUACUCCAAACCCAAACCUGGGCCUAAGAGAGAAUAGACCCCAUCCCCGAGCCGGAGAGAGUAGACCCCAACCCCAAACCUGACCCUAAGCCUAAGAGAGAGUAGAUCCCAACCCUGAGCCCAAGAGAGAGUAGACCCCAACCCCGACCCUGAGCCCAAGAGAGAGUAAACCCCAAGCCAAAACCCAACAAUGGGCCUAAGAGAGAAUAGACCCCAGCCCUGAGCCGGAGAGAGUAGACCCCAACCCCAAACCUGACCCUAAGCCUAAGAGAGAGUAGACCCCAACCCUGAGCCCAAGAGAGAGUAGACCCCAACCCCGACCCUGAGCCCAAGAGAGAGUAAACCCCAAGCCAAAACCCAACACUGGGCCUAAGAGAGAGUAGAUCCCAGCCCCGAGCCAGAGAGAGUAUACCCCCAGCCCUGAACCCUAGAGAGAGUAGACCCCAGCCCUGAACCCUAGAGAGAGUAGACCCCAGGCCUGAGCCCUAGAGAGAGUAGACCCCAGGCCUGAGCCCUAGAGAGUAGACCCCAGCCCCGACCCUGAGAGAGAGUAGUCCCGCCAGUGUGACCAACUAGACUGGCAGCCUUACCUGUGUGAAAUUGCACAUAUUGCGAAGUCAAUGUCUGCCAAUUUAUAUUGUUUUUACUUUUUGCAGCCAAAUAUGAAUCACUUUCGUCUUUCAUAUCAUAUCAUACUUAUUGACAAUUAAAGUUUAAAUAUUAAAUAA